AUGGAGCAGGUGAUGCCCCACCACGUGCAGUGGAUCAAGGAAAAGUGCUUGACUUUCCAGCCGGAGCAGAACAAACUGACCUUGGCUAACGGACAGCAGAUUGAGUACGACAUUCUGGUCGUGGCUGCCGGCCUCCAGCAGAACUUCGGAGCUGUAGCAGGACUCCCUGAGACCAUGGGCAAAAACGGAGUUGCUUCCAUCUACUCCUUCGACUACUCGCCCAGUGUCUGGGCAAACAUCACGCAUCUGCAGAAAGGCAAGGCCAUCUUCACUAAUCCUGCCACAGCUGUGAAUUGUGGCGGAGCACCGCAGAAGAUCUGCUACCUGGCAGAAGCUGCCUGGCGAGAACGAGGAGUUCGCAACAACAUCGACAUUGAGUUCUGCACAGCAACCCCAGGCAUCUUUGCCUGUCCGGAGUACCGUGUUGCCCUCGAGAAGGUCAUGCAGUCCAAGAAUAUCACCCCGAGCGUGAAGACGAAUCUUGUGGAGGUUGAUGGAGAGAGGAAGAUUGCCACUUUUGAGAGGGAAGGCGAACUCGUGACUAAAGAGUUCGACUUUCUCCACGUGACGCCUCCGAUGAGUGCUCCAGAUUUCAUCAGGAACAGCCCCCUGGCAAACGCCGCUGGGUUUGUGGAUGUGGACAAGGAAACCUGCCAGCACAACAAGUUCUCAAACGUCUUCUCGCUGGGCGACUGCUCCUCGCUUCCAACUUCGAAGACCUACUCUGCAAUCUCAUCGCAGGCCCCGGUGGUUACCUACAAUGUGCAGGCACUCAUGGCAGGUAAAGAGCCUACGUCAGUCUAUGAUGGCUACACGGCGUGCCCAGUGCUUGUGGGAGACAGCAAGCUGAUGCUGGCGGAGUUCAAUGGCUACACCAUGGAAGCGAUUCCAACCUUCAAGCCGUUGGACCAGACCAAGCCUAACGUCCUCUUCUACUGGCUGAAACGCUACAUCUUCGAGCAUGUCUACUGGCACUCCAUGCCGCUUGGACGAUGGUAUGGCAAGUACAUGUGGUUCGAGCCUCCUGUGAAGCACAAGGUGGCAGAAGUUCCAAAGCCAAGCACCUUUAAGGCCAGCCCGCCCUCCGAAACAGCAGCACUGAAGGCCUCGGUGCCGAUUUCUGGCGUAGGUGAGGCAUCGCAGGGUGCCUCCACAGCGGCAGACAGUCUCAAGCCAGAGCUCUUCGGCGUUAGCACUCCAAACUUGCCGGGAGAUGUCAGCCUCUCAGGAAACAUGGAUGUGGCAAUCAUUGAGCAGCUGGCACCGCGGUAUAAGGGAUGGCUCUACCUGAACCCGGCCGAAAACAAACACUUCCACAGGAAGGCGAUUGAAGCUGCGGGCUGCAAGGUCGAGGUGGCUCCCAUCCCGAACCCAGCUGGUGGCCAGCCAGCCACCGCAGAGCAUGCGGAGGCGGUCCUUGCAGCUAUGGAGCGCCUGCCCAGACCUUUGAUGAUCCAAUGCACUUCGGGCAACCGAGCCGGUGCAGCGCUACUGCUAGCGCAGGCCAAAGCGCUUGGACACAACAGGGCCUCCGCGAGCCUCCUGGCCGAAGACCUGGACCUCAAGUUUUUCACCAAGUGCUCAGAGUGUGGGCCGAUCAAGGACUGGGUGCUGGACCAGCUUCCCGCCAACAACGAGGAGGCCCAGCAGACUCCUGCAGCCAAGAAGGGCGCGGUGAUUGAGCAGCUUUUUGAUCCACAGGGCAGCUCGACCUUCUCUUACCUGAUCGGCUGCUCCGACAGCCAAGAGGCCGUGUUGAUCGAUCCAGUCCUGGGCAUGGAGUCUCGUGAUCUUAGCUUAGCGGAGGAGCUGGGCUUUAAGGUCAAGUACGUUGUGAACACGCACUGUCAUGCAGAUCACAUCACCUCUGGUGGUGCCAUCAAGAAGCAGCUUCCCGAGGUCAAAACGAUGAUCUCUGAAGCUUCUGGUGCAGCUGCAGAUGUGAAACUGAAGGAUGGCGACACCAUCGAGUUUGGCAAGUAUGCACUUCAGGCCGUGGCCACGCCGGGUCACACAGACGGUUGCAUGUGCUUCGUUCUGCGCGGCCCAGAUGCGCCCAAAGCUGUCUUCACAGGCGACACCUUGCUGAUUCGCGGGUGCGGUCGAACUGAUUUUCAGCAGGGCGACGCCUCGCGGCUUUACGACGUAGUUCACCAGAAGAUCUUCACACUGCCCGAGGACACCAAGAUCUACCCAGGUCAUGACUACAAGGGCAGAAAUGUGUCCACCGUGGCAGAAGAGAAGAAGUUCAAUCCGCGGCUGACACAGAACAAGGAGGGCUUCAUCAAGACCAUGCAGGAUCUCAAGUUGCCCUAUCCGAAGAUGAUGGAUGAGGCAGUCCCAGCCAAUCUGGUGUGCGGCGUCUGA